CAUGUCUCCCCACUUCACUUCCCGGACCGGGUAAAGGGUCCGUGGUAGGGUGCUGGCCUCAGGAGCCCGAGCCAUGGGGGCUGCGGGCUACGGGGCACACCUGGCGCUGUCUCUGCUGCUGCUGCUGGGGCCCUGGCUGUCGGCUGGUGUCCCCGGAGCUCCGCCACUCUUCAACGUCAGUCUGGACGCGGCCCCGGAGCGGCGCUGGCUGCCGAUGCUGCAGCACUACGACCCGGACUUCGUGCGCGCCGCGGUGGCGGAGGUCAUCGGCGACAGGGUUCCCCAGUGGGUACUCGAGAUGAUGGAAGUGGUGGUGUCAAAGGUGGAGAGCUUCCUGCCCCAGCCCUUCACCGACGAGAUCCGUGGCAUGUGCAACUUCCUCAACCUCAGCCUGGCCGAGGGCAUCUUGGUCAACCUGGCCUAUGAGGCCUCCGCAUUCUGCACCAGUAUUGUGGCCCAAGACUCCCAAGGCCACAUUUAUCACGGCCGGAACCUGGACUACCCUUUUGGAAAUGCCUUGCGAAAGCUGACGGCGGAUGUGCAGUUCCUAAAGAAUGGGCAGGUCGUGUUCACGGGGACUACUUUUGUUGGCUAUGUAGGAUUGUGGACAGGUCAACGUCCACACAAGUUUACGGUGUCUGGUGAUGAACGAGAUAAAGGCUGGUGGUGGGAGAACGUGAUCGCCGCGAUGUCUCUGGGACACUCUCCGAUCAGCUGGCUUAUCCGCAAAACCCUGAGUGACUCAGAAAACUUCGAAGCAGCUGUUUUGACUCUGGCUAAGACGCCCCUCAUUGCUGAUGUGUACUACAUCGUUGGGGGUACCUCACCCCAGGAGGGGGUAGUCAUCACCCGGGACAGAGGUGGCCCAGCGGACAUUUGGCCUCUUGACCCUCUGAGUGGAGCGUGGUUCCGAGUUGAGACAAAUUAUGAUCACUGGAAACCUGUACCCAAGAGGGAUGACCGAAGAACACCAGCUAUCAAAGCCCUAAAUGCCACAGGGCAAGCACACAUCAACCUGGAGACGCUUUUCCAGGUUUUAUCUGUGUUUCCUGUUUAUAACAAUUUCACAAUCUACACCACGGUGAUGAGUGCUGCCCAGCCUGACAAGUACACGACUAGGAUCCGGAACCCAAGCUGAAGGUGAUUAUUGUCGAAAGGCCGCAUCUAAAAGGCUGGGACAGAGUGAAAUGGUGUUCUCCUUCGUGAGCAGCGUGGCCGCCUCCCUCAUUCAGCUUUUCCGCCUUGCGGAUGUGAGGGCAUCUCUGGGCACGUGGAGAGCAGCCCACUGUCUUGCAUCCUCCCCACAUCCUGGUCCCCUUAAUAUUCCUUAACAGCCCACCCUGCCUGCAGCAACUCAUAUAACUGGGGUCAGAGGUCAGGGUGUGUCUGGCUGGAACAACUCAGAUACCCGGUGUUGGGGUCAGGGUGUUUUUGGCUGGCCUCAGUUUCCCAUGAUUCCAUGUUCCUACUACUGCCUUUCUGCUGAAGACGUGACAGGGCAUGACGACUGUCAUGGCAGGGCUAGUGAGCAAGCCUGGGGAAACGUUUCUCCUGAGGCUGGGUGCAGCUCACGACAGUUUACCUAACAAGUGCAAAGCCCUGGGUUCCACCCACAGCGCCACAGAAUAAAGGAACAAAUAAGUCUCUCUGGAAAGUGGAGACCUGUAGUUUGAGGAGUCUGUUUAAAAGUGUGUUCAUUCUGAUUUCAUAUUUCCAAAUAGCAACACCCACCCCCACUUCUUAUAUGCCUCUGAUGUAUUUUUUUAAUGCGGACUUUAUUUUUUAAAAAACCUACUUUCUUACUACUUUUGAAAAUUAUAUAAAACCAAGUGAUUUCCUGUCAUUGUUUGUCGUUUGUUAAUAAAAUGUCAAAAGAUGUCAGGGAAAAUAAAAGUUUGUAGAUAUGA